UCGGUCAUAAGUGCACAUUACUUUGAUAUUAGACAAAAAUAUGUAUAUUAACUUAAUAAUAACAGUGCUGAUUAUAGUUAACCCUUUGAGGUUUUGUUUAUCUCACUUUCGUGGUGGAUCGAUAACAUGGAGGUACAAAAACAAUCGGCAAAUAUAUAUCAAAUAUAAACUAUCUUUCCGUCGAGACAUAUAUGACCAUUUUUGCAACAAGCUAGACAGUAAUGUUACGAUCCGCGGAGAAGGCUAUUUGGAAACAUUUGUCUUUAAUCAUUUGGGGUAUUCAGAUUCUCGAUCCCUUAUUAACCAAAUGUCUUACUUAUGCACUGGAUUCAGUGAAGAUGAAAAUUGGACAUAUGGUCAAAACACGGUACUUGUAACUAUGCCUUUUGAUUUAACGAGCCAGACUCACAUAUUGCGUUACAGUGGAAAAUACUGGAUACCGUUAGUUAGUGGAUCUCCCGAAUGGCUAUUGCAACUAACUGUCAAUUUAACCUAUCGUGGGGAUAUAGGUAGGAUCAAUUCUUCACCAACAGCUUCUUUUCCACCAUUUCUUCGAUUAAAAUAUGGAUGCUUGUAUUCUUUGUCAAUUCCAGUCAAAGAUGAAGAUGGUGAUAUUAUAAAAUGUCGAUGGGCCAAUACGUACAUGUAUACGAGGUACAAUAUAACGUUUCGUUGGAACAGUUGGUCUGAAUGCAGCUAUUAUAGUUAUUAUCAUCAUGAUAAUAACUUAUUGUGUCAACCGCCGAGUAAUUUAUUUUUGAAUAAGGACAUGUGUGUUAUCACAUAUAACUCAACAGUAAGUACUGGAUUUUACGUCGUUGCACUACAAAUUGAAGAUUUUGCCAUAGGCGAAGCAGUUAAUGCAUUAAGCAGUAUUCCACUUCAGUUUCUAAUCGAGGUUACAUUUCAGAAUUCAUCUGAUUCAUGUGAAAUAAAACCAGUAUUUGAAACUUUGCAUGAUACGAAUUCUAUCAUCGAAAUUCCUGUAUACACUAAAUACCAUCAGAAUAUCAUAGCGAGAGGCUUUACAAUUUCAAAAAUACAAGUUAUUUCUCAAAUUCAACUAACCAUAUCGGAGUUGCUUAUGUUUGGGACAUCGUACGAACGGUGGUAUAUAAAUGUGACAUGGAUACCUUCGCCGAUUUAUAUUGGGAAUCAUUCAAUCUGUUAUACAGCUUUUGAUAUAAUCAGUCAAAGUUCCGAAAAAAUCUGCACAGCUGUAAACGUGACAAGUUCCAUAAACUAUUGUAUGGAAAACGUUGACAGCUUUCAUACUAAAUGGAAUAUAACAGCAGCUAACACACAGGUUAAUCUAUCUUGUACACGUUCCACUCAUUUUUGUGUAGAACAUGUAGAUAGAUUUAAUAAUAAAUGGAAUACAACAGUUAUAAACACAAAUGUUAACGUAUCCUGUACUGGUGAAUACCUUGGUUAUGCUUCAAGAAACUGCACCGGUGAAGGAAUAUGGGGAGAACCUAACUACAGCCAGUGCAUUAGUACAAAACAUUAUUGUGGAGAAAAUGUGGAUCGAUUUAAUAUUAAAUGGAGUUUAACCAAACCAAAAUCACAGGUUAACUUAUUCUGCACCGGGGAUUACGUGGGAAAUGUUUCAAGAAACUGCAACGGUGUUGGAAUUUGGGAUGAACCUAACUACAGCCAGUGCAUAAGUAAAUCAUUGCAAUAUCUCGUUGAACAGACAGCUAGACUUUUAUCUGGCGGCAGUGAAUAUAAUAUUGUGACCAUAAUUCUAGAAGAUCUAGAAAAUAUAACUAGGGUCCAAACCGGAUUAAGAUCUGGUGAUCUGCUGGCAUCAUCAGCUAUACUGAAUGCUAUUGCUAAAUAUGUAACAGAUCACAAAGAAAAACUUGCAGUUAAUCAACUAGAGAUUUUUGGUUCUUUAUGCGACAAUUUGCUACAGGAAAAAAAUCAUCAGACAUGGGACGAACUAACGGAUGAGGGUUUAACUGGUGUUACUUCACUUGUAAACGCAGUAACGGAUUACAAUAAUGCAUUCAAUCAGGUCAUAGACGGUGAAUAUUCCGUUGUUGUUGUAAAAGAUAAUAUUGUAAUGGAAGUAGGGCGAAAUAGUUCUGACGAUAUAACUGUUCCCGAUCGUUUGAAAACGUCAGAAUCAUGGAUAGCAGAUUCUGCGACUGAGAUAAAGCUGAAAAAGAACAUAUGCAGCGGUUUAACAGGAUAUAGUAGCACUUUCUAUCGAAAUAUUUCAAGGUUCUUCCCGAAAUUCUUCAUAGAUAAUGGGGAAGUACGGGCAUUUGACGGAUGGUACGAUGUUAAUUCUAUUAUAGCUGAUUUUACAGUUACAGGAAAAUCUUGUUCGGAUUUUUCCUUAGUUGUAACAUUCGGACACCUUUUAGGAAACUUCUCAAGACCGUAUUGUGGAUUCUGGAAUUUUACUGCUUUCAAUACUGUGAAUGGAGCGUGGUCGUCUUUUGGGUCACAAGUUAUGAAUUCAACAGAUUCUUAUACCAUCUGUGAAUAUAAUCACACAACGAAUUUUGCUGUGCUUAUGAGCCCAGGAUUGACACCAAUGUCUCAUCACCUACCACUUAGCAUGAUUUCAGCCAUAGGAUGUGGAAUAUCAAUUGUGUUUCUCGUCAUUACACUUAUCGUGCAUUGUGUACUGUGGAAGUAUGUCAAAAAUGAUAGAACAAAAAUAUUGAUGAAUCUAUGCGUGGUUUUGAUUCUGUCGUAUAUCAUAUUCCUAGCUGGUAUCACACGAACAGAUAAUAAGGAAGUCUGUACGGCAAUCGCAGUUGCUUUACACUACAUAUUCCUAACAGACUUUGCUCUGAUGCUAGCUGAAGGAAUUCAUUUAGUGAGGAUGGUUGUUAUUAUUUUCCCGUCAAAAUCUAUAAUUCAGUGGCUAUUACCUGCAUGUUGGGUUCUUCCUGGUGGUAUUGUUGGAAUUGCAGCCAGUGUGACCAAACUGAAAGGCUAUGGUAACCAAAAGAUUUGUUGGUUGACUCUGGAAUCAAACCUCAUCUGGGCCUUCAUAGGGCCAGCAUUACUUGUCAUUUUGAUUAAUUUUGUAAUAAUAAUUAUAACGGUAUCUAAAAUUAUGACCAGUAAAGGGUUAGCAAAGAAAACUAUACAAGAGAAAUCAAAGAUUGGUUCAACAAGUAUAUGUGUCAUGUUACCGCUGUUUGGAGUAACAUGGGUACUAGGAGCAUUUUCUUUGAACGAGGAUCUGGUCAUGUUCCAAUACCUAUUUUCAACAUUCAACUCUCUACAGGGUCUUUUUAUCUGUUUGUUUCACUGUUUCUUGAAUAAGAAGGUCAGGGAAGGCUACCAUCAUUUUCAGAGACGUCGGAAAGCCAAUCGCAUGGAUACAAAACUAUCCUCCGAUUUAACCAAUUAUGACAAUAAUAAAAAGAUCACAGCGCACCAAAGAAAAUACCUCGACACAGAGGAAAGAAACAAAGGAAUUUAACAAUACAUCCAAAAAGCUUAAAUGUACAAUCAAAUAUUCUGAUUCGUGGUACACAAAUUCAGGUGAUCCGUGUGUUGAUAAUCAGAAAGUCUUCGAAAAUAACGGAUCGAAUGCAUAACACAUAGUUGUCAUAAUUAGCAUGAUUAGUUGUUUGUUUUAUAUUUUUUAAAUUUUAAUUUGUUGUUAUUUAGCAUAGUUGUAAUCCAUCUAUACCGUUAUAUAAAUAUAGAGAGAUAUAUAGACUAGUAACAGAGAUCAUAUGUUUGUAUUAAUUAACUUUACAUACACAAAGAGGUCAGGGUUAUAAAAAAAAUGUUUACCACAUAUUAGUAUAGUUUUACUUGUAGUUAUUCUUUAAAUCUUUAUUGCUUUUUUUUCUUAUUUAAAUACGAAUUUUGUAAAAUAUAAUGCAAUGCAUGAAAUACAUGCGUCUACCAUUGAAGGAGCUGACUGACUUCCAUACAUCUGGUUUGUAUUAGAUUAUUUAAUGUUUGUUGUGCUAAAUACUAUGCAUGUAAACGUUCGAGAGAAUUCAGUUUGGCUGCUACCUGAAUUAAAUAAUUUAGAGUAAUGUAAUAAGCCGUGACAUGGACAAUGUAUCGCCUAAGACUAGCAAACAUUAUUCCUAUACCAUUACGAGUCAGCACUAAACGUGUAGCACUCAGUCAUUAGUUCAAAAAAUUCUAAAUGUUUAUCAAAUAUUCGUUUACAUGGGACAGACCUUGUUUUGGUUUGCUUUUUCCGCUUUGAAUAUCGUUACUGGGACAGCAUAAAAAAAAAUGCUAUCGGUUCUGAGACAAAAUAAUAUAUAUUUACUAUUUUUAGCAGAAUUUGUUUAAUAAACUAGAUACCUCCUUCAAUUUUCAAAUUUUGAUUGCAGAAUAAUUUACUUAUCUAGUAGCGUCCUUUAGACAAUGUUUGAGUAUUUGAAAUCAAAGUGCAUCAAGUUUUACAAAGUUUACAUUGAUAUUUGUUUUUCCCUGUAUAAAGGUAACAUAUCAAGGAUAAAAAGAUGAAAACAGUUGGGAAGUCAUGACAAUGGUUCCAUGGGUCAUACAUUUUCCGUGAACAUUUCCACAUUUACUUUCGAUGUUGCAAAUGAAAUGUCAAUGUGAUAUAAAACAGUUUUUAGUUUGCAAGUAAGGGUAUCCAAUCGUUAAGACUUUGGGUUCUUGAGACAAAGAAUUUCUAUAUUUACACAACUUGCCUUGGAACUUUUAUUGUCCCUUAACAUUUAAACGGAGGGAUCGAUCAAAAUGUAACGAGGCAUGAUGUUUCAAACUAGACUGAGUUACAUGCAAUUUCUUUUCACAUAGUUUGGAAUGAAUACUUAGAUAUUUUACCUAGAACUGAAUGAUAGAAAUAAUGACGUUUUAAUAAUUUGGAGGUUAAAAUACGACAGACAAACACCCCAUAAAACACAAAACAAGAGAA